AUGCCGCCGAAGUACGCCCCGAUAUCGCUCGAGAAGAGCGAUGACUCCGACCUCGAGCGCGAGCGCGAGGGUUUGUCCUCGCCUCUCGACUCCCGCGAGCCGACGCACCUGUGGAAGAGCGCCCGAGUGGUCGGCAUCAUCGUAUUGUACUGCUUGAUCGGGAGCUCGCUGAGCGUGAUGAAUAAGGUGGCGGUGACGUACAUACCGGCGGCUAAUUUCAUCCUGCUCUGUCAGUUCGUCGCCACGUCGGUGUUGCUCAAGGUUGCGCACUGGAUGGGACUGGUGACUGUGGAGCCGCUGACAAAGGAAAUCGCAGUCGCUUUCUUGCCGCUCGCGAUUAGCUUCUUCGCUCUCUUGCUGGCGGGCAUGGAAGUGAUGCAAAGAGCACCGUUAGAGACAUUCAUUGCCGUGAAAUCGCUCACGCCGGUGGCGUUCUCCAUCAACGAGUACUUGUUUUUGGGAAGAGCACUUCCGACGCCCAAGUCUUUGCUCGCGCUCGUGGGUAUCGUCUUCGGGGCGGUGAUGUACGUGAACCUGGACAUUUUCUCGUCUAGAACCGCGUACGCAUUUUGUCUGCUCUUCAUUGUCGCCGCCGUUUCGGAGGGUUUGAUCGCCAAGCACACGAUUGAUAAGAUUAAGCUCAACAACUGGUCGAGAUCCUUCAACAUCAACGUGUUGAGCAUCCCGCUUGCCCUCGGCCUAUUUCUAGCCUCGGGCGAAUCUAAGGCCCUGCAGGAGACGGCGAUAACACAGGUAGCGGGAUGGGUUCUCACUGGGUCGUGUGUGAUGGGUUUAGGGAUGAGCUUUUCCACGAUGUGGAUUCGCGAAACUCUCUCUGCAACCUCCGUCUCCGUUGUCGCUACGUGCAACAAGUUCCUCUCUGAACUAGUGAAUUGGGUCAUUUGGGAUAAGCAUACGACGGUCGAGGGGACGUACGCCAUUUUGAUUAUCAUGACGUGCGGAAUAUUUUAUGAGCAGGCGCCGCUCAGAGUUCCCGGGAAGGGAUACGCUCGUGAUACAAUUUGUCCGUGCUUGCCGAGGUCCUGGGUCGGUGUCAAAGCGGGCGAGGCUUCUAGCAAGGAGCCAUUGAUUCAAAAAAACUAG